AUGAGAUUGGAAGAUAGAAGGGAUAACGACUUCGAUGAGAAAAAGACUAGAGGAGGGGGACACCAGUGUCGCUUACCUGUCGAACGAUGUCCCCCUCAAACCGCACUGAUGAGUCCUGGAGUAGGCACUGUGUCAGUGCUAUUGGGCGCUCAAUGGGGUGACGAAGGCAAAGGGAAGGUGAUCGACUACCUCAUCGAAAAUAAUGAC